AUGGCAGAAGGCUCAGCUGUUCCCACUGCCAGCAAGGGCUCUUGGGGUUCUUUCCUCAAGUUCUCGGCAUACUGGGCUGAAAUGCCCUCCGUCCUGGUCGCUCCCGCCUCGGAACAGGACAAGCAGAGACGCUGCAUGCUCGUCUUGAAGUGGUUCUUGAGCACUCUUAAGCAACAAUACACCUCGCGCAACGAGAAGCUCGUCACUGCAUACAGCAUUUGGAACAAGCAACACGGUGUCCGCCUCCAGGGAUACAACGCCCAGAAGGCCUCUUUCGGCAGAACCAUCAACGUCAAGCAGAUCGGUCACGCCGUCCUCCACAUUGAUGAGUACGACGAGGACUACCUCAUCACUCUCCCUGCUCUCCACAUUGAGGGUCUGAUCACCGGUUCGCCAUACGUCGAGCUCGAGAAGAACACCCACAUCGUUUCCUCCACUGGUUACACCUGCAAGAUCGACUACAGCGGCAAGGGUUGGGUCAGCGGCAAGAAGAACUCCUUCACCGCCACAAUGUAUCCCAACGGUCGCGAGAAGGACGUCAUCUACAACGCCGAGGGCCAAUGGAGCGGUAGCUUUGUCAUCAAGGAUGCCCACAAGAAGGUCCAGGACCCUCUCGAGUCGCGCCGCGCCUGGUACAAGGUUGCUGAGGCCAUCAAUCGUGGUGAUAUGGACACCACUUCGGCCGAGAAGUCGCUCAUCGAGAACCAGCAGCGCGAGUUGCGCAAGACAGAAAAGGAGCAGGGUUCUGAGUGGCAGCGCAGAUUCUUCAACCGCGUGUCUAACAGCCCACGCUUCGACGCCAUGAUCCAUCAAGUCCCCGGCGGCAGUCUCGAGGCCGACAAGACAAACGGUGUCUGGGAGUUUGACCCCGCCAGAGCCAUGGCAGCCAACCCUGCUUACCAAAUCUAA